AUGAAGAGCAUCGCAGCCUUGUCCCUGGCGGUUGCCGUCCAGGCCGCCUCAUUCACAACCGAGACUAUCCACGGUGAUGCUGCGCCCAUCCUUAGCUCCAUCGAUGCGGAUCACAUCCCCGACUCAUACAUUGUCAAGUUCAAGGACCACGUCGACAAUUCCGCUGCCGACAACCACCACACCUGGGUUCAGGCCUUCCACGAGCAGAAGCCUGCUGAGGACCAGUACCUCGAGCUACGCAAGCGUGGCCUCACCGAUGACCUAUUCAGCAAGGCUUUCGGUGGCCUCAAGCACCAAUUCGCCAUUGGCGAGGGCUUCAAGGGAUACGCUGGUCACUUCCACCCGGAUGUGAUUGAGCAGAUUCGUAACCACCCUGAUGUCGAUUACAUCGAGCGUGAUACCAUCGUUCACACAAUGCUUCCCGUCGAUGUCCAGGAGUCGGUCACCGAGGACAAGUGCGAUGGAGAGACCGAGAAGCAGGCUCCUUGGGGUCUUGCCCGUGUUUCACACCGUGACACCCUCGGUUUUGGCACGUUCAACAAGUACCUUUACGCCGAAGAUGCCGGCGAGGGCGUUGAUGCCUACGUGAUUGACACUGGUACGAACACUGAGCACGUCGACUUUGAGGAUCGUGCUCACUGGGGUGCCACGAUUCCCUCUGGCGAUGCCGACGAAGAUGGCAACGGUCACGGUACCCACUGCUCCGGUACCAUCGCCGGUAAGAAGUACGGUGUCGCCAAGAAGGCCAAUAUCUAUGCCGUCAAGGUGCUCCGUUCCAACGGUUCCGGAAGCAUGGCCGAUGUUGUCGCCGGGGUUGACUACGCUGCGAAGGCUCACGAGAAGCAAGUCAAGGCCGCCAAGGACGGUAAGCGGAAGGGAUUCAAGGGCUCUGUAGCCAACAUGUCCCUCGGUGGUGGCAAGACCUCCGCCCUCGACGCCGCUGUCAACGCUGCCGUUCAGGCUGGUGUCCAUUUUGCCGUGGCCGCUGGCAACGACAACGCCGAUGCCUGCAAGUACUCUCCCGCCGCUGCCGAGCUCCCUCUCACAGUUGGUGCCUCCGACCUCAACGACGACCGUGCGUACUUUUCCAACUACGGAAAGUGCACUGAUAUCUUCGGCCCUGGCGUCAGCAUCCAGUCCACUUGGAUUGGAUCCCCCUACGCCAUCAACACCAUCUCUGGCACUUCCAUGGCCUCUCCUCAUCUUGCUGGUCUCCUCGCGUACUACCUCUCUCUCCAGCCUGCCGGCGACUCCGAGUACGCUGUUGCCGAGAUUACCCCCAAGGAGCUCAAGCAGAGCCUCAUCUCUGUUGCCACCGAGGGUGCUCUGAGCGGUAUGCCCGAUUCCGACACCCCCAACCUGCUCGCCUGGAACGGCGGCGGCUGCAGCAACUUUUCCAAGAUCAUGGAGGCUGGCGGCUACAAGGUUGAGCGUGCCCCUUCCACCAUGGAGAAGGUUGGAGCUGUGAUUGAGGACGACAUUGAGAUUGUCCAGGAGCAGAUUGCCGACACCUUCCACCACUUUGAGCACUUUGAGGAGAAAGCCGCCAAGCUCAGCGAGAAGGUCCGUGUUGCCGUCGACGAGGAGCUGAACAAGUUCAUCACAGAGCUCAACAUCUAG